UUAUGUAAAAUCAUUCUUAUAAAAGCUCUCUUUAAAAGCAUGCCAACAACAUUUGAACAGGAAAAUAGUUGAUGAACUAUCAACAUGUCGAAAGUUUUAUUCAAUAGUUUAUUUCUUCCUUUUUUAAUUUUAUUAAUUUUUAAAGAGAUUCAAUGUGCUAAUAUAAAUGGAACGACAGAGCCGUCUAUAAGAACUGCAAGGGAUACAAAUAGCAAAGUAGUAUUAUCAACACCUGAAGAAUGUUAUCGUCCUUGUGAUGGAGCACAACCGCUUUAUUGUUAUUAUCAUUUCAGAUUAGAAUAUUACACUACAAUGGCAAGUCCUUGUAAUGCCUGUCGUACGAAUAGUUUUGAAAGAUCAAAAAAUCUCUCUAAUUGUGAGUGUAUUGUGGGUGAUGGUUUUGAGAAAACUAUUUUUUCUAUUAAUCGUCAAUUUCCUGGACCAUAUAUACAGGUAUGUCAGCACGAUAAGCUUAUAAUCGAUGUAGAAAAUGCUGCAGAAGCUACAGACACCACGAUACAUUGGCAUGGAGUCUUUCAAAAUUCUUAUCAAUAUUAUGACGGAGUACCUCAUAUAACUCAAUGUCCAAUUUCGGCACCUAAUACUUUUAGAUACCAAUUUGCUGUGGAUAAUCCUGGAACACAUUUUUAUCAUUCUCACUCUUCAUUAUUUUUAUUGGAUGGACAACAGGGACCUCUGAUAGUACGUUCGCCUAAGAGUCAAGAUCCUAAUGGACAUUUGUAUGACCAUGAUAUAUUCGAUCAUGUGAUAUUCUUGAGCGAUUGGAUGCAUGGAUUAGCUAUAGAUCAUUUACCUGGAAAAUGGGCCAUGAGACCUGGUCAAACUCCUGAUAAUUUUCUUAUCAAUGGUCUAGGAGAUUAUACGGAUCCAAAUACGGGAAAACGUAGUAAUACACCAUUGGCAUUCUUUAAUGUAACCGCUGGUAAUAGAUACAGAUUUCGAAUGAUCAAUUCAUUCGGUACAGUUUGUCCGGCCGAAUUCUUAAUCGAGAAGCAUAAGUUAACUGUAAUUGCAUCCGAUGGUGAAGAUUUGGAGCCGGUGGUAGUGGAUAAAAUAGUUUCUGUUACAGGUGAACGUUAUGAUUUCAUUUUAAAUGCUAAUCAAAAUAGUGGUUCAUAUUGGAUUCAAUUACGUGGUCUAGGAGAAUGUUCCGGUUUGAAAAUAAUUCAAUUUGCUGUACUCAUUUAUGGUAGCAAAUUGGCUCUACCAAAAACAACUAGACCUACUUAUAAUAAUCCUAUAAAGGGUGUUGUUGAAUUGAAUUCGUUGAGUGGACUAGAUUGUGGGAGUGCUACGUUAACAAAUAAUAUUUGUAUAAAUCAAUUGAAAUAUGCGAGAAAUACACCACAAGAGGAACAAAAAACAUUUCCAGAUCUUCGUUUAUACGUACCAUUCUCUUUCUUUACAUAUGAUGGAAAGAUGUUUACCAAUAACUCUUAUAAUCCCUUCUUUAUCGCUUUCGAUAGAACUUUAAUAUCAAGUUUGGUAACAAAUAUAAGUUACGCUGAACCAGAAUCACCUCCAAUAUCACAAUAUGAAGGUUACGAAAAGCUAUGCACUGCCGAUGAAGUAUCUACUUGUACGAGACCAUGCUUUUGUACGCAUGUUAUCAACGUUCCAAAAAGUGCACUAAUCGAAAUUUUACUCUGCGACGAAGAUCCAUUUGUCUUCCUAUAUCAUCCUUUCCAUCUACACGGUUAUAGUUUCCAAGUGAUGGCAAUAAAAGAUUUUAAUGGUACGAAGCCGACAAAUAAUGAUCGUUUCAAAUUUCUUCAAGAUUAUGACAGAGGUCUUCAAAAUGGUAAAUACAUACGACAACCAAGAAAAGAUACUAUUAAGGUACCACUUGGAGGUUGUGUGAUAUUACGUUUCUAUACUAAUAAUCCAGGAUGGUGGCUGUUUCAUUGUCAUUUCUUGUGGCAUACGGUAUCUGGUAUGGAUGUAGUUAUUCAUGUAGGUAGCGAUACAGAUUUGCCACCAGUACCAAAAGGAUUCCCAGUAUGUGGUAAUUUCAAGCCAUCAGUAUAUAUUUAAAAUAUAUAACUGAAAUAUAUAUGUACAUAUAUAAAAGUCAAGUGUCGCCUGAUUUAUGAUCUAUGAACUAUUGUAUUUUAUGAGAAAAUUUGAUUAUUGUUAUGAA